CGAGUUUCGAUGACAAACGGUGGUAGCGCCCUACCAUGUACUCAUAUAUAUAUAUAUAUAUAUAUAUAUCUAUCCCCCAUGUCCACAUUGGCACUUAUGUUAUCAGCCGCGAUGAGCAUUAUCACAUCUUGUGCGUCUCGCCAAGAACGCCCUCGGCAGAAGUGUGUCGGUUGGUUUAGUCGUAAAUAGUCUUGCAAGAUGAAAUACUCUUGGCUUCUCGCCCUGGCUAGCAGUCGGCUCGCUGCCUGUGGGACAAUGCUCUGGGACGGCCGCUUCAAUGAUCUAGCUUCAUCGACUGACCUCAAUAAAUGGUCCUGGGCAACCCAAGUUGGUCCGUAUCAGUACUACAUCCACGGUAGUGGUCAGAUUACCGACUAUGUGAACCUCUCAUCCGACUUCAAGAACCCCGCCGACACGGGCUCGAAGCAAGGCGUCAAGAUCACGCUAGACUCGACGGCAUACUGGAACGGCCAGAUGAUGCGACGUACCGAGUUGAUUCCGCAGACCACGGCCGCCAUCAACAAGGGCAAGGUGUGGUACCAUUUCAGCAUGAUGCGGAGCAGCACAAACGCACCCAACACAGCACGCGAGCAUCAGGUCAACUUCUUCGAGAGCCACUUCACUGAGAUGAAGGUCGGCUGGCUGAGUGGCGCCAGCGGCAUAGAGGACCCGAACCUCAAGUGGAUGGCCAACAGCCAGGUGAAAUGGGAGACCGAGUUCACUGCCGGCGUGUGGCACAAUGUUGCCUAUGAGAUCGACUUUAGCGCCAAUACGGUCGCCUUCUGGCACUCGACCGGGUCCGACGACCUGAAACUGACUGUCACGGCCGUUUCCGUGUCGGCGUCGAGUAACGGCGCUGACUGGCAUUUGGGGGUGUUGGAAUUGCCCCGCAACGGCUACCCCGACAAGGAUGAGGACCUCUACUUCUCUGGCGUUUACAUCGAAAGCGGCAGCAUAACGACGUCUGUGGCUGGCACUGGUGGUUCGUCCGGUGGAGGUGGCUCGAGCAGCACUACAAGGGCUACCACCUCGACUAGCACAACUUUGUCAAUCUCGACUACGAAAUCAACUACGACUACAACGUCUGCACCUGCUUCGACAACGACUCCAUCAGGUUGUGUCGCUCAACAAUACGCACAAUGUGGCGGCAUCAACUGGACAGGAUGCAAAGCGUGUGCUAGUGGAUUCACCUGCAACGCCCUCAAUGACUACUACCACCAAUGUCUUUGAUCGCGCGUGUACGCUGUGUCUGGAUUCAUGUAUAUAGUUUCUUCGCUGCCAUACAUACUAAUCACCCAACGUGUAUUUGUGGUAUCUAGAGGGAUUUAUCACUUUGCAGAAUAGCCGUGGUGCGACCAAUGCAGGGAAUAGUGGGAUCUUGAUGCGCUUGACGACCCGAUCUGUCUAUCUUGUUUAGACAGUCGGGGUAAGAAGUGGAUUCUCCCUUUUCCCACUUCGUUCUUUUGUCUUUGGGAGCUCAUUCAAGACGUGGGUAGGGUCUAAUUGAUAGUAGAGGUAGGUACUCCAUAUAGCAGUGAGAGCUCCUAUUGCUGUUGAGUGCAGCACAAUAACGAUCAGCA